AUGAGUCAAUAUAAGCAGUUUGGUGGUGGAGCCCAGAAGAAGGGUUUCAGCUCAUCCUCUGUGUCCAGAAGUAGUGGAAGCUUUGGAGGUGCUGGAGGUGCUGGAGGUGCUGGAGGUGCUUAUGGAGCUGGUGGAGGAGGUUUUGGUAGCAGAAGCCUUUUUAACGUGGGAGGUAGAAAGACCAUUUCCAUAAGUACCGCAGGAGGUGGAGCUGGAGGAAGCUUUGGUGGUGGCUUUGGUGGUGGCUUUGGUGCUGGUGGCGGUGGAGGUUCUGGAUAUGGCUCUGGGUUUGGAGCUGGUAGUGGAGCAGGCUAUGGAAUUGGUGGAGGAGCAGGCUUUGGUGGGUUUGGUGGUGGAGCUGGAUUUCCAGUGUGCCCACCUGGGGGGAUCCAAGAAGUAACAAUUAAUCAGCACCUCUUAGCUCCCCUGAAUCUGGAAAUUGACCCAAAUAUUCAGAGAGUCCGUACAGAAGAGAGAGAACAAAUUAAGACCCUCAACAAUAAGUUUGCAUCUUUUAUUGACAAGGUCCGCUUCUUAGAGCAACAGAAUAAAGUACUGGAGACUAAGUGGAGUCUCUUGCAAGAGCAAGGUGUUAAAACAGUUAAAAGCAAUAUUGAACCUCUCUUUGAAACCUACAUCAAUGCACUUAGGAGACAGCUGGAUAGUCUAGCCAAUGACAAAUCUCGUUUGGAUGCAGAACUUAGACAAGUGCAGGACUGCGUUGAGGAUUUCAAGACCAAGUACGAAGAUGAAAUUAACAAGAGAACAGCAGCAGAGAAUGAUUUUGUGGUGCUUAAAAAGGAUGUGGAUGCUGCUUACAUGAACAAGGUUGAGCUGGAAUGCAAGGUGGAUGCCCUGACUGAUGAGAUCAACUUCCUGAGGGCCCUGUAUGAAGCGGAACUCCUCCAAAUGCAAGGACAGAUCUCAGAUACCCAGGUUAUUUUGUCCAUGGACAACAACAGAGCUUUGGAUCUGGAUGGCAUCAUUGCAGAAGUCAAAGCUCAGUAUGAGGACAUUGCCAACAGAAGCCGCCAAGAGGCAGAAUCCUGGUAUCAAACUAAAUAUGAAGAGCUCCAGGUCUCAGCUGGUAGACAUGGUGAUGAUCUGAAGACCACAAAAACUGAAAUAUCUGAACUGAACCGUUUGAUUAGCAGACUGCGCUCUGAAAUUGAAAACGUGAAGAAACAGUGUGCCAAGCUACAAGCUUCAAUUGCUGAGGCAGAAGAACGUGGAGAGCUUGCAAUAAAGGAUGCCAAGCACAAACUUACAGAGUUAGAGGAAGCUCUGCAAAAGGCCAAGCAGGACAUGGCUCGCCAGCUGAAAGAUUAUCAGGAACUGAUGAAUGUCAAACUUGCUCUUGAUAUUGAAAUUGCCACUUACAGAAAACUGCUGGAAGGAGAGGAGAGCAGGCUGGCAGGGGAAGGUGUAGGAGCUGUGAACAUCUCUGUUGUAAGCUCAUCCUAUGGUGGCAGUGGCGGAUACGGUAUGGGCGGUGGAAGUGGAAUGGGUGUCGGAGGUGGAAUCGGUUUUGGAAGUGGAAGCGGUUUUGGAAGCGGAAGCGGUUUUGGAAGUGGAGGCGGAUAUGGAAUUGGAGGAGGAAGCAGUAGCUAUGGCGGUGGUCUAGGAGGAGGCAUUGGUGGAGGAAGCUUCAGUACUGGCAGUGCAAAAAUGGCUAAUUUUGGUUCUGGAAGUGGCAGCAGCUCAAGCGUAAAAAUUAUCUCAAAGACCUCCACAAGUUCCCGAAGGCUUUAA